GUGAUGAAGAGGGUGUAGAUUACUCCCAAGCUGGUCCUAGAAAUUUUUUGGAUGGAUAUUUCAUUUAUUAUAUUAAAGGAUUGGAAGGAUGUCAAAAACAUACGGAUGAUAUGAAAAAUGAUGAACUUCUAAAUCGAACAUCAUGGCCACAAGUCAAACCAGAAGAAUAUGAAAUUGAUUUAGGGGAAAAAUUUGAAAGGACUAAAACAGAAACAAACCGUAUCAUAAAACGAGCAUUCACACCAGGUUAUCAAUUAGGUAAAAGAUAUAUCGAAUCUUGGAGUGAUGGCACUCAAACCGCAUUUUUCAAAAGAUUUUAUGAAAGUGUACAACGUAUGGAUGCUGUGCAUAUGGUGCAAGAUAAUGUUAAGAAAGUUAUCGAAGUUUGGGUUAAAGGAAGUAAUGGUGGUAGUGGAAAGGGUAGUGGAUUUACAGGAAGUUCUGAUCCUUCUAAUAAUAGUGACCACCAAAAUAAUGACAAAUCAGAGAAUAAUGGUGGAUCUAACAAUGAGAAUGAUAAAUGA